UGCUACUAGCCUGAGGCACUGAUCGAUGCUGACCAUGGUUACUAUGAAACUUCUUCUCUCCGCUGCAACCCAAAAGAAAGCGCUAUCAAGAAGCCCAAUAACGUAUAACAAAGGUUGGAAUGGGUCAAAGUCAAAGUGUUUUCGAGCAAGAUCAAUAUAACCAGUAUGCACAGUGCACUUACUUUAAUCAAAAGGAUAUUUUGCGAUUGUACAAGCGUUUCAGUAAACUAGAUCCAGGCAGAAUCAACCCGCGAAUUGCUGACGUCUCAACUCGACUAACUUUUGCUCAAAUGCAGUCUCUACCAGAACUACGAGAGAAUCCGUUCAAGGACCGUAUUUGUCAGGUGUUCAGUACUGAUGGGCAUGGCAUCCACUUUGAGGACUUUCUUGAUAUGUUCUCUGUUCUGAGUUCACAUGCUCCAUGGGAACUGAAAGCUGCCUACGCAUUCAGGAUAUUUGAUUACAAUGGAGAUGCUGCCAUCUGCAAAGCAGACAUAAAGCAAAUUGUUCGCAAUUUGGCAGGUGAUUCUGUGAAUGAAGAUGAGCUGUACGAGAUAGUGUCGGGUGUGAUGCAAGAGUCGGAUAUUGCAAAAACCCACAGAUUGACCUACACUGAGUUCGAACACGUUAUUUCUAGAGCUCCAGAUUUUGCUGACUUAUUUCACGUCACUAUCUAAUCCCAUGUAUAACGUACUCUCAUACUCAGUCACAUGGCAUACUUUUUAUUCACCGUCUCAUCACAUGAUAAUUAAAUUCAAUUUUAAUCAAAUCGUCA